GAGACCGAUAGAGAGAGCUCAUACUCCUGGGCUCAGUAGAGUGUGGGGACUUGGCAGGAUGUCGGAGCACGCACUGGCAUGGCUCACAUUUUUGUUGAUAGUUAAUAACCCAGGACUUUAAAGAACUGAAUGGAGAAGGGAAAUGAAGCACAACACACUCUGGAGUCUGUCCUGUGCCAGCGGCUGUGAAACACAGUGGAGAACGCUCACCCGAUCAGCUCAUGAAGCAGGAGCAGCAAAUAACUGGGGAGAGCCAUGGGUGGCAGCCACACGCGAGGACAAUUUAAAGGCUGUAUUUUGGCUCCUGCAGUUGUAGCUGAGUCUCCGAGCAUCAUUUCCAUCAUCAGGGCUUGUGAUAAGAGAAGCAGAACAACAACAACAAAAAAAGACCAUCUUACCUGGCUGAGCAGUGCUGGAAUGGCGGCUUCAUCUACCUGAUCAUGCUUCGCCGUUUCAAGCACCAAGUCCACUCUCCUUAUAACGGCAACAGUAGCAACAGCUCUGAACCAGGAGAGACGCCAACCUUGGAGCUGGGGGACCGAACGGUGAAAAAGGGGAAAAGAGCAAGAAAGUUUGGGGUCAUUGCCAGGCCUUCUACCCACAGAGCCACUGAGGAAUCCAAGAGCAGCACUGGCUGUGAGUUGGACAGCGAUCCCGUGUCUGAGCUGGACAAUGGCCUAGACCCUGAACUGGGAAACGGUCAUGCUUUUGAGCUAGAAAAUGGCCCAGAUUUGCUCAAGGAGGUGGCCGGACCCCAUCUAGAGAGGUCGGAAUUAGACAGAGGGACAGAGCCUAGAAUUUCAAAGACGGACGCCCCUCUGCCCGCAAGCAAUGACAAACGCCGCUUCUCAAAAUCUGGGAAGACGGACUUCCAAUCCAGCGACUGCCUGGCACGGGAGGAAGUUGGCCGGAUAUGGAAGAUGGAGCUGCUUAAAGAAUCGGAUGGGCUGGGAAUUCAGGUUAGUGGAGGCCGAGGAUCAAAGCGCUCACCUCACGCUAUCGUUGUCACCCAAGUGAAGGAAGGAGGUGCCGCUCACAGGGAUGGCAGACUGUCCUUAGGAGAUGAGCUGCUGGUAAUCAAUGGUCAUUUGCUAGUCGGGCUCUCUCACGAGGAAGCUGUGGCCAUUCUUCGUUCAGCCACCGGAGUGGUUCAGCUGGUCGUGGCCAGCAAGGAAAGCUCUGCAGAGGACAUCCUCAGGCUAACAUCUAAGAGUUUGCCUGAUCUGACCAGCUCGGUAGAGGACGUGUCCUCUUGGACAGAUAACGAAGACCAAGAGCCGGACGGGGACGGGGACGAAGGAACCGGCUCGUCUGCCGUCCAGGGAGCAAUGCCUGGGACAGAGGAUCCCCAAGAUGCACAUGGCCCCGAGGAAGCCAAAGGGAACCUGGAAAGUCCCAAACAAGGCAGCAGUAAAAUGAAGCUCAAGAGUCGUCUUUCAGGGGGUGUACACCGUCUAGAGUCUGUUGAAGAAUAUAACGAGCUGAUGGUGCGAAAUGGGGACCCCAGGGCCAGGAUGUUGGAGGUCUCCCGAGAUGGCCGGAAGCACUCUCUCCCCCAGCUCCUGGACUCAACGGCCACAUCACAGGAAUACCACAUUGUGAAGAAGUCCACUCGCUCACUAAGCACUACUCAGGUGGAAUCUCCUUGGAGACUCAUCCGGCCGUCGGUCAUCUCUAUCAUUGGACUGUACAAAGAAAAAGGCAAGGGCCUUGGCUUUAGCAUUGCUGGAGGUCGAGACUGCAUUCGAGGCCAGAUGGGGAUUUUUGUCAAGACCAUUUUCCCGAAUGGAUCAGCUGCAGAGGACGGGAGACUUAAAGAAGGGGAUGAAAUCCUAGAUGUAAAUGGAAUACCAAUCAAGGGCUUGACAUUUCAAGAAGCCAUUCAUACCUUUAAGCAAAUCCGGAGUGGGUUAUUUGUCUUAACGGUACGCACCAAGUUACUGAGCCCAAGCCUUACGCCCUGCUCCACACCCACACACAUGAGCAGGUCCAGCUCCCCAAACUUCAGCGCCAGUGGGGGAACCUCAGCGGUGGGCACCGAUGAAGGUGGUCCUUCAUCCCUGGGACGAAAGGCCCCUGGGCCCAAGGACAGAAUUGUCAUGGAAGUAACCCUCAACAAAGAGCCCAGAGUUGGGUUAGGCAUUGGUGCCUGCUGCCUGGCCCUAGAAAACAGCCCUCCGGGCAUCUACAUUCACAGCCUUGCCCCAGGAUCAGUGGCCAAGAUGGAGAGCAAUCUGAGCCGCGGAGAUCAAAUCCUGGAAGUGAACUCAGUCAACGUCCGCCAUGCUGCUUUAAGCAAAGUCCACGCCAUCUUGAGCAAAUGCCCCCCAGGACCCGUUCGCCUGGUCAUCGGCCGGCACCCAAAUCCAAAGGUUUCCGAGCAGGAAAUGGAUGAAGUGAUAGCACGCAGCACUUAUCAGGAGAGCAAAGAGGCCAAUUCCUCUCCUGGCUUAGGUACCCCCUUGAAGAGUCCUUCUCUUGCAAAAAAGGACUCCCUGAUCUCUGAAUCUGAGCUCUCCCAGUACUUUGCUCACGAUGUCCCAGGCCCCCUGUCUGACUUCGUGGUGGCCGGCUCCGAGGACGAGGACCCCCCAGGAAGCGGCGGCAGCAGCAGCUCCGCAGAGCCGCCCGGCCUCUCCCCUCACAAGGAACCAGGAAAAGCCAGGGCCAACAGCCUUGUGUCUCUAGGAAGCCAGCGGGCCUCCGGGCUCUUCCACAAGCAGGUGACAAUUGCCAGGCAAGCCAGUCUUCCUGGGAGCCCACAGGUCCUCCGAAACCCUCUCCUCCGCCAGAGGAGGGUGGGCUGCUACGAUGACGACGCCAGUGACGAGGAAGAGUUUGAUGGCGAAGGAGACUGUUUUUCCCUCCCAGGGACCCUCGCAGGUUCCAGCAGGCCUCUAACAGAGGACGACGCUACACGUGUCUCAGCAGCCUCUUCCAAGGGGAUGGGUAUCAACCAAGAGGAGCAUCCCCAGAAAACCCUGGUCAGCAAGGCCGCCUCGGCGCCUCUCCUUGGCAGCUCGCUGGACUUACAGGAGAGCGUCCCAGGAGGCGUGAGGGACCCCCUUUCCCACGGAGCCAACCUGCCGGUCCCCUUGGAGGCCCCCACGGGUAGCCCUGGCUGCUCGGGGAGGAAGGAACUGUCAGGGUUGGGGAGUUCACCCAAGUUGGAGUGCAAAGCCGGGACAGGCGCCCAGAGUCUGGCGAGCACAGACAGCCCCGGUUCCCUCCAGCAGAAGAAUGACAGCCUGGGGUCCAGGCACAAACCAAUGGCCAGGGUCAGCCCACACCGCAAGAGGCCCGAGGCUGAGGCCAGGCGCAGGAGCGCAGAAACAGCAGCCCUGACCGACGGAGCCAGUGAUGCACGCGGCCCAGACUUGAAAGUUCAGGUCACUUCCGUCAAAGUGACCGUGAUUGGUUAUCAGCCAGGAAGAACAGUGGAGAAGGAAUCUCUGGGCAAGCCGACCCUCGGGGAUGAACGAGUCCUUACCAACUGGGAGCCAGCUGGUACCCUGCGCCACCCAGAUGCUGGCCACCCGACAGAGAACCCGCCUGAAGCUGCACCUGAGCAGGGGCAACAACCCAGGACAGGCCCUGAAGGCUCCCCGGGUCCCCUCCCUUCCCCGAGGCAGAAGAGGGCGGCUCACCCUGACUCCAGCGAGACCUCCGUGGACACAGGGCCAGGGAGGCGACCUGAGGACCCCGGAGAGCCAGAGUCACCCAGGGUCCCCGCGUCUGAGGACGGUGCUUCCCCGGGGACAGUGGCAACAGCUCGGCCUGACCUCAGCGAGACCAGAGCAGCCCCAGAAGCCAGCUCGCCCCACGCCGCCAGGAAGGCAGCCGCCCACAGAGGAGCGGGACCCGCGGCCGAGGGGGCAUCUCCGGCCAGUGCCGUGCUGUCACCAGACCUCAUGGCCGGGGAGAAGAGACAGGGAGUUCCAGGUCACCACGGCGAGGCUCCGCAAACCACGGGAAUCCUCGUCCCUGAAAACUGCCCGGGUUCGGCUCUGCCCCAGGGAACAGACUCUGUUUCCGCGAGGGCGCUGGGGGCCAGCCCCUCCCUGCCAUCACCCAGUGACAAGGCCCAGGAGGGCUGUGGCGGUGCCUCGGGGCCCGGCUGCCCUGGGGGGAGCGGGGGCGGCCCCGUGACGGACAUCGACAGGCUCCUCGAGGAGCUGGAUGCUUCUGGAGCAAGGCUUCCGUCUCCUGGGAAAGGGGAGCAGCUGAGCCGAGAGCGCGCUGCGCAGGGGCCACCGCCGGCGGGUCCCCGGGGGAGCCAGACCCCCGGCCCCGCCCCCCGGAGGCCCGCAGCUGCCGGCCCAGCCCCUCCCCCACAGUGGGCCAAUCAGCCUUCCGUUUUGGACUCCAUCCAUCCCGACAGACAUUUUACUGUGAACAAAAGCUUUCUGAGCAACUACUCCAGAAAUCUCAGCAGUCUCCACGAAGACAGUACGUCGCAGUCGGGUCCGGGCGACAGCACGGAGCCGUCCCUCUCGUCCAUGUACGGAGAUGCUGAGGACUCGUCUUCGGACCCCGAGUCGCUCCCUGAGGCCCCACGAGCUCCCAGCAGGGACAGCUGGUCCCCUCCUCGUCCUCAUCCUCGUCUCCGUGGGUCUUCUCACAAGGAAGAUACGACGGAGUCUGAGGAGGAGCAGGUUGAAAUCUGUUCCACGAAUGGCCCCCCUGAUCCACCCUCAGCCACCACUCUUGCUCCUGCCCAGGUGGCCACCCGCCCUGCCUUCGCCAAAGCCCUGCCCUUGAAGCACAGAGCCCUGAGCCAGGCGAGGGGAGACACCAGCGACACGGCCCCCUUGGCGCCGGGAGCCUCCGGCCCGGCAGCCCCGGGCCCUCCGCAGCCGCCGCCUCUCUCCGACAUGAGCUCUCAGGAGCCAGAGCCGCCCGCGGAUGCAAAGGCCUCCCAGGACCACGGGCCCCCCGGUGAAGAGGACCCUGGGGAAGCCGCCCAGCCUCCUCCUGUCCCCGGCCCCCUGGGCAGCCUCAGCGCUCCUAGCAUGGUGAAUGGUUUGGAGCACGAGUUGCUGGAUGACACGUCUCCACCUGAAAAACAAGAGACAGAUGUUCAGGCCACUGAAAAUCGGGACUCCUUCAGGGUGUGUGUCCCGGAGAACGGUGACUGGGCUCUGGCAAACUUGCACAUCUCUGAAGGUCAAGACCCGGAUGACUCGCUGCCCAAGCCAAAAACCAUCUCCAGGCGGCCCAUCAUGGCCUGGUUUAAAGAGAUAAAUAAAAACAACCAAGGGACGCAUCUGCAGAGCAAAACUGAAAUGGGACAAUCCACGAUGCUGGCCAGAAGUCCUGACCCCAAGGGUCACGCGUUGAGCUCAAGCCACAGGAAGGGGGUGGCUAUGCCGGAUAGCUUGCCUCCUCGGCUGAAUCUUGAGAAUAAAGACCCGCCUAAAAAAAGUUCCAUGGAAACCCUUUUGAGUAACUGUCAGAAACCCAAAGCCGGUCCUAAGCUGAAGAGACUGAGCAUCAAAAGCAAAAGCAAAGUCAGUUCCGAGGCCCCAGCCGCUCACACGGGGAAGGCCGGGGGGACGGAGCACAGGAAAGCCCUCGUUUCACCCCAGGCCUCCCAAAAAAUGCUUUCUAAGGUGGCGUCAUACCGGUUCCACACAGGUGACCACGAGGAGCUGGACAAAAAUGCCACGACUGCCCCCCAGUCUCCCCAGUGUGUGGAGAGCAAGCUGCCGCAGGCGGCCCCAGGCUCCCUGAAGCCUUCGGCAUCAGACACCAGCAUCAGGAUGUUGGGGUCACCCCUGACCUCCCCCAAGACCCUUCCUGAGCAAGGUGCGUGCAGUAGGCUCCACGCAGCUGUGCCCUCGGAACCCAACCGAGGCUGCCCGGCUGCCCCCAGGUCUCCGAAGUGUGGUCCAGAGAGCAAGGCCCCCCCUGCAUCCACGGCGGCCAGCAAGCAGGAGGUCCUCCCUCCUGGGCAGGGCGAGUGGCCCCCAUCCCGCCAAACGGACUCAGCAGCAGAAGCCACCCAGCCCGGAGGGACUGGCGACAAAAGCAGCACAAUAAUUGCUGGUGAGCCCCUCGAAAGAACCAACCAGCUGAAAAUCAUUGAGAUCUCUUCUGAAAGGAUGCCAAAGAAUGCGUGUGGUGACAAGCCAGCUGAACGUGACAGACAGGGAGGGUUCUUAGCCCAGAGCAACUGUCAGGAGAAGAGUGAAAUCAGGCUCUGUCACCAGUCAGUGGAAUCAUCCCCACAUCAUCCAUCCUCACUCACGUCUCGGGCCUCCCAGGUGGAACAGGAAGCGCAGCGAUCUGUCAGUGUGGCGACACUGACGUCCUCCUCCUCCUCCUCCCCGCAGCUGCCGGCUAGAAAGGCAGAUCCCUGCCAGGGAACGUCGGGCCAGAUGGCAGACUCCCUGGGGAUGCCCAGGAGCAGCCCUGUGGGCCCGGCGCUGGAUGACCAUCCCUACUUCACACCAAGGCCAGCAACCAGGACCUACUCCAUGCCGGCCCAGUUCUCCAGCCAUUUCGGCCGGGAGGGUCAGGCCCUGCGCAGCCCGGGGCGCACCCCUCGAGACGGCCAGCUCCCUGCCGCGGGCGGAGGCGUCCUUGAGGCCAAGGCGUCCAGAGGCGGUGUUCUCAGCCUGGUUAAUGGCCAGGGCCUAUAUAGCGUAAAGCCCCUGCAGGAGACUUCAGGGAACCUUCCAACAACAGACGAAGGCCAUGUCUUAUCCGUGCAGGAAACGAGCUGCUCACUCACAGACAAAAUCAAAGUCACCAGAAGACAUUACUACUCUGAGCAGAACUGGCCCCAUGAAUCUACCUCAUUUUUCUCUGUGAAGCAGAGGAUCAAGUCUUUUGAGAACCUGGCCAAUUCUGACCGGCCCGCGGCCAAGCCGGGGGCCUCCCCCUUUCUGUCGGUAAGCUCCAAGCCUCCCAUUGGGAGACGGUCGUCCAGCAGCGUGGCUUCCGGGAACCUCAGUCAUGCCAGUGAUGCGGCGGCGAGGUCGCUGAGACGCAGCCUGAGUUCCUGCAGUGAAAGCCAAGGUGAAGCCAGCACCCUCCUCCCCCCGAUGACCAAGUCCCCGUCCAGCAUGACACUGAUGGCCUCCCGGCCGAGCCCGGCGGAGGCUGGUAACAAGGGUGCUGACUCGGACCCAAAGAGAUCACUUGGUCCUUCGGGAAUCCCCACCCCGACGGUGACCCCGGCCUCUCCCGCCAAGAGGAACAGGUCUUCAGUGCGUCACACCCAGGCCUCGCCUCUGUCCCGCUCGAAGCUGCAGGAGCUGAGAGCCCUGAGCAUGCCCGACCUCGACAAGCUCUGCAGUGAGGACUUCGCGGCUGGGCCGACUGCCGUGCUCUUCAAAACCGAGCUGGAAAUCGUCCCCCGGAGGUCGCUUGGCUCCCCUGCCGGAGGCCUGAAUGGGUCCACUGCCCUUUCGUGGCCUGUGAAGGGGGUAGACAGGGCCUGUCCAGGGGUAAGCAGCCCUAAAGCCACUGAGCCCAGGGCACCCAGUUCAGCCCACGAUGUGGGUGAGACCACCCAGGAUCUGCCUUCUGGAAAAAGUUGGUCAGUUAAUUUGCAUCAACUCCUGGUCUCAGCGGGGGAUCAGCAGAGACUGCAGUCUGUUUUGUCAUCAGUGGGGUCAAAGUCUACUGUCCUAACUCUCAUUCAGGAAGCGAAAGCACAAUCAGAGAAUAAAGAAGAUAUUUGCUUCAUAGUCUUGAAUAAAAAAGAAGGCUCAGGUCUGGGAUUCAGUGUGGCAGGAGGGACAGAUGUGGAGCCAAAAUCAAUUGUGGUCCACAGGGUGUUUUCUCAGGGGGCAGCUUCUCAGGAAGGGACUGUGGGCCGAGGGGACUUCCUUCUGUCAGUCAAUGGCGCCUCAUUGGCUGGCUUAGCCCACGGGGAUGUCCUGAAGGUUCUGCACCAGGCACAGCUGCACAAAGAUGUCCUCGUGGUCAUCAAGAAAGGGAGCGAUCAGCCCAGGCCCUCCACCAGGCAGGAGUCUCCCAUGGCCAAUGGGAAGGGCUCACUGUCCAGAAAGAGCAGCCCCCUGGAGCCUGGAACAGGGAGAAGCACAGCAGCACACGAGGCGCUGUGUGUCGAAGUGCUGAAGACCUCAGCCGGACUGGGACUGAGUCUGGACGGAGGGAAGUCGUCUAUGUCUGGAGAUGGGCCCCUCUUCAUUAAAAGAGUGUACAAAGGUGGUGCAGCUGAGCAAGCUGGAACAAUAGAAGCUGGAGAUGAAAUUCUUGCCAUUAAUGGGAAGUCCCUGAUUGGGCUCAUGCACUUCGAUGCCUGGAAUAUCAUGAAGUCUGUCCCAGAGGGGCCUGUGCAGUUAGUCAUUAGAAAGCACAGGAAUUCUUCAUGCAACAAGCACUGGUAGUAACACUAACAGUGCUUAUUACAUUUUUUUUUUUCAACCAGAAUCUCUUUUUCUCAGUUCCCUUCUUUCUUCAGUGAAUCAGAAAUGACUUCUUUACACAAAAGGUUCCUGAAACAACAGAGAAGCACUGGUGUGGCAAGGACUAUAAAACUCUCCAGUUUUUUACUUACACCUGAAGCAGCAGCAAUGAAGCUGAAAUCUGGAAGCCUUCAGCCUGGAUCACCUAGGCCAGGAGGGUUCAUUUCGUUCCAGUGCCUGUCCCCUACUGCCUUUUGUUUCCCGAUGGGGACACAAGAUGUGGCCUGCCCUUCUUCACUUGAAACAUUUAGUGAGACCUCCGCAUCCUUCUUGCCACCUCUCCCAACAUACUCAAUCCUGGCAACUAGGGAGCUAAGACAGUCUGAGGGGCAACACAGCUGUCACAACUAAAAGGACUACAUAUAGUUUUAUAUAACUUUGUAAGUGAAUAACAGAAUGCUUUUAGGCACAUCCAGUGGAAGGAGCUGUAGGUCUGUAUAAUAAGAGCAUGAGACUUGAAAAAAAGAAAAUCAGCUAUGACCUAAUGGUUAGACUGAGCUCAGGAAUUAUCCAAAAAUGAAAAAGCAAAAUACAGAAAGUGGUAUUUUUAGAGAGUGUAAUAUGCAGCAUAGGGCUGCAUCGUUUCCCGCGGUGGUCAUUCAUCACCGCAAAGUGCUGACCGUGGUCUGAACAUGUAGGUCCUAAGGCAAUUUUAAGGGAACACGGUUCCAAUAGACUGUACUAAAUAGCCAGGAACUUUGCUGCUUAGAAUGAGCAGAAAGUUCCAGCUCUGAAAGCACCUUGCAUCUAGUUUGGAACUUGUCUUGAAUAAAUGCUUGAAUUCAAGACUGGUCUACAAAAGAGCAAGCAAAAAUAUCACUGUCACCGAGUUCCCAUUUCUGUAUUUUGUGUACUCCAACCGCUAACUUAAACUAAACUUUUAGAAAUCAGUGAUCUUUUCAGUGUCCUCGGAUUUAUAAUCCAAAUAGAGGAGCCGAAAAUAAUCCUUAUAGGGGACUUUUUUUUGUUUGGUUACUUUUUUUCCCCUUUCUCUACAAGCUUAAGUGUAACAUUUCUAAGCACUGGAUCUGUUUUCCUGACCUGGGUAUAAUGACAUAGCUCUGCCAGUGACAAGUUUUUGCUCUUUUUGUUUUCCUGUUUCGCAGAUUCUCCCUUUUGCCAGAAAUGGGCCCCAGGAGGACACUGUUGUGACUCACACUUGCUUGUGACACUGGUCCCAGCUGCUCUCCUUCCCAAGCACGAGCUGCUUCGUAGUAACUGUUCCCACUCGAUGUGCUGUUCCUCAUCACAAAACUGGCUUUUCUCCCCUCGUACUGUACCUUUUUUCCUUAAAAUCCAAACCCUCGUCAGCUUCAUCCACCCAAAUGUAAUAAGACGAUGGAGGACGAGGGUGAGUCAGUCUUUCAAGGUAAAGGAGCAGAAGUGCGUAGUUAUUAAGCCACGUCCGCGGGUGGCACAGGCCAGCUGACUGAGUCCUGGGAAUACGGGUGAGGCCGCAUGCCUGCAUGCAUGGUGAUGCUAAGGUUUUAUGUUGGAGGUUUCUUUAAUUAACCUAUUUCUGAGUGACUAAUCCCAAGUAAACCUCUGUGGAGCUGGCCCAGAGGUUCUCAGAUGGGAGUAAACUAUCUGGCUGGUAUGAGCCCAGAUUUCUCAUUUUUAAACAGGUUAUACAAGAGAGAAUGCAGUUCAGGAGUUAGAAAGAGUUGAUUUAGCUUCUACUUUUCACUACUACAGUUCCAGGUAGGAUACUAUAGGAAGUCAGUGCAAGGUGCAUGCUAGACUGUUUUUAAGUCUCUUGGGGUCAGUUUUGUGGCUUCUGCUUCCUUGCCUAAAUGAUGAGAGACUGAAGGAAGUCAACAUUUUUGCCUCCACUCUUCCAGCUGUGCCUACACAGAAAUGCACAGUCCUGUGUGGCAGACAGGAGUUUCUGGAGCAAUAGAACGGUCUCCUUCUAAGAGUUCCUAAUCCUCGUAUCUGAAGAGUGCAAGGAUGGCCCUCUGGUCACUAAACUAUAUUCAAGUCAUCAGCCAUUUCCAGUGGAUCUUGCCAGAAGGGUUCCCUUGGAAUUCAACAAUUGGAAUUUAAGGGAGGAAGCAAAAGCUAAACUUUGACCCUAAGAUAGAAAGCUGUUUAUUUGUCGUCAGUGUUCAAGGCAUGACUAGUAUUUCUAAUUACUCUAAUAAGUUCCCACACUUCCUGAUGUGAACACUUAUGGUAUUGUCCUACUAAAACUUGCAUUGUUUUGGUUUUUUAACUGGUCAGUCAUCCACAAUAAGCUAUGAUGGUAACUGUGUUAUAACAUGUAAAUUGUAGUUGCAAAGAUAUACCGUGAAGGUUGAAAUAGGUUGGGUUUCAUUUCUCUCCUCGCAUACAGAGUUCAUUUAAUUUAGGGUUGACUUAAUUGGCACCACACCUGUUGUAUGAUAUUAUACAUUAUCCUUUAUUUAUGUAAAAUAAAAUGCCUUAUAUAUUAAAGAGUAAGUGCAAUAAUAGGAAAUAGCCUGUACAUUUUUAAAAUGUUGUCGCCAAGUUAUGUAAAUCCACAUCUCUAUAAACAACCUUUUCUAAGUAAUUUUAAAAAAAUAAACACUG